GUGUGCAGUUUAUAAGUUUCAAAAUGGCGGCCGAUGUCCCAAAAGGGGACAGGCUUCCCCCGGAUUGGAAUUAUUCAGUGACAAGGGACGGUAGAGUGUUUUUCAUCAACGAGCGAUCACAAACUACGACAUGGCUUCACCCAUUAACUGGCCGUCCAGUGCAGACCGGCAACAGUCCAGCUCCAGACCUCCCUCCUGGUUGGGAACAAGCGGUCACUUUGGAUGGAUCUUUAUACUUUCUUGACCAUAACACCUGCACCACGACAUUCGACCACCCACUAAGUGCUCGGCCGUCCCUAUAUGAUACAACUUCCAGAUCACCACCACAUAGUCCACAGGCUCCACUCAGUCCCACAGACAGAAACUCCAAGAAGUUGCUGCCCAAACAAAGAAGUAUCAAAGCUCCAUCUGCCAAGCGAAAUCCUGCAUCUACAGUUAUGAGGAAGGGCUGGCUGUACAGAUUUGAAAGUGGUGCCAUCGGCAAGACAUGGAAGAAAAGGUGGUGUGUUAUUGCUGACUUUGCACUUUUUGUCUACAAAGAUGGGGAUGAGACAAGUGUGGUGACGUCGGUGCUGCUACCCAGCUACAGGAUCAACAUCAUCACUACCGCAGACCAGGUGUACAGAGACUUUGGCUUCAAGCUGGAGCAUGAAAACACAAAGACCCUGUACUUUGCCACUGAUAACCAAGGUGACCUUGACCGGUGGCUAGCUCUGCUGACCCAGGCCGCCAUGAUGAAGGGCCAGCAGGGGUUUGUUAGAGAGACGAAUAACAACCGUGUUGGUGGCCCUCGCCAUCGGUCCCAAUCACGGGGUGAUGAUGAAGAAGCAGAUUACCCCCAGAACCCAGAGCUACAGAGGUCGUGGAAGGACCCUGGGAGUUACCGCAAGAUGCAUCAUGAGGAGGACCUGGAGCCUCCAGACCAAAGACAGUUCAGACAAGAGUACCCAGAAACCGAUGAGAGAGGCCCUUAUGAAGACCGCAUGAGAGAAGAUGGUCGCUACCAGGAGCAUCACGACCCCAGGGAUCCCAGAUCUGGGUACCCUCCAAGUAACCGGAGUAGUCACGCUGGAAGUAUGGUGGAACAUCCUUCAAAUAGUGACUCAAGAGACUUUAGGUCACAUCCUGAUGACUUUGGCCCAGAACAUGGCCAUCAUCAUCCUGAUGGGUUGGGCGAUGCUCAUGACAGGAAUAGUAUGUCAAGGAAUAGUGAUAGAAACAGUAUGUCACGGCCAUACCAGCAGGACAGCUUAUCCAGGCCUCAUAUGAAGGACAACAAUUCAAGGCCAUAUGAGAGGGAUAGUUUAUCAAGGAAUCAUGAAAGGGACAGCUUAUCACAGCCUUAUGAGAGGGAUAGCUAUUCGAGACCCUAUGAGAGGGAUAGCAUGUUAAGGCCUCAUGAGAGGGAUAGUCUUUCCAGACCUCAUGAAAGAGAUAGCUUAUCUAGGCCCUAUGAGAGGGAUAGCAUGUUAAGGCCUCAUGAGAGGGAUAGUCUUUCCAGACCUCAUGAAAGAGAUAGCUUAUCUAGGCCCUAUGAGAGGGAUAGCAUGUCAAGGCCUCAUGAGAGAGAUAGUCUUUCCAGACCUCAUGAAAGAGAUAGCUUAUCUAGGCCCUAUGAGAGGGAUAGCAUGUCAAGGCCUCAUGACAGGGAUAGUCUUUCCAGACCUCAUGAAAGAGAUAGCUUAUCUAGGCCCUAUGAGAGGCAUAGCUUGUCCAGGCCCCAGGAGAGGGAUAGCUAUGCAAGGCAAAGUGAUCGUAACAGUAUGUCCCACAACAAUGAUCAAAAUAGUAUGUCUCGUAACAAUGAUCGAAAUAGUAUGUCCAGCAUGAAUGAUCGAAAUAGUAUGUCCCGCAUGAAUGAUCGAAAUAGUAUUUCUCGUAUGAGUGAUCGGAACAGUUUGUCAAGAGCCAGUGACCCUAACAUGAUGAGACAUCAUGACCGAAACAGUAUGUCGACAGUGUCGAGAGCUAGUGUUGAGGGCAGAUACAAUGUUAAUGAUCCAUACAAUAGGGAAAACAUUGAGAAUAAUCGCAUGGCUGAGGAAAGGGAUAGGAGCUUAAGUCAAAACAGAGGCAGUAUGAGUGAUCCAAGACAUAGUUUUACAGAUCCACAGGGAAGUUACUCUAGGACAGAAUUGCAAGAACCUCAUUUGGAAGGGGAAGAUCCAUAUGCUCGCAUACAUGACAUGCAAAGGUCAGGGUCACAUGGAUUUGUUCCCUAUGACCAGAGAGACUCGCAAGGUCCACCUGAGUCAUAUGGGCAAGAAAGAGAUCCAAGAUUUGGCCACCCACAAGAACCUGACCAUCAAAGGUAUGGCAGCAGAGACCAAGAAGAUCCACACAGUGGUAACCGUUAUGGCCAAGACACAAGAGAUGUGGAUUCUCGAGGCAAUCCUGCAGAAAGAUGGAGUUACCAAGGUACUCCAAAUGACAGAGAUUUACAGAGAGAUUCCUAUUCCAGAGCUUCUUACAGUCAAGAUAGAUAUCCAGCAGAGAAUGAAGAUCAUGGUUUCAGAGAUCCAAGGAUUUCUCAAGAUGAUCAUGGAAGUCAGAGAGCUUUGUAUCCAGAUCAAAACUACCAACAAACAGAGCUUCGCCAAAUGCAACCUGGUGAUAAUGGGCCCCAACGGGACAGAUUAUCCAGAGCAUCUGAGUUCUCAGGCAUGGGCAAUACCCAUGGAGACAGAGCUUCCAGAGCAUCAGACUAUCCUGAACAUGAUGGUCACCGUGGUGACCGGUCUUCCCGAGCUUCUGAUUACCCUAAUGAUAAUGGUUACCAUGGUGACAGGUCUUCCCGAGCAUCUGAUUACCCAAAUGCUAAUGGUUAUCCUGGAGAGAGAUCAUCAAGAGCUAUGGACCAGCCCCCAUCAGAUUAUAGAGAUGGAUCUUUCCACCGAUCACCAUCUGGCAACAAUCUCUCUGGGCCACAUGACGUGAGUUAUGGUGGCUAUACCAGUGAAGGAUCCCCACAUGGCUCAGAAUCCCCAAGGAGGCACCCAGGCCUCACUGUAGACAUCCCACCAACCUAUGUGAACUUGUCCGCAGACCCUCAAGUUCAAGGCAGUGAUGUGUCUCCAGGCAGACCUCCCUAUCCCACUGAGAUACGCAAGGAAAUGGCCAGAGAGCUUGCCAAGACAAAGACACCCCGAACAUCAUAUGAUUUAGUUGUAUCUGUUGAGAAUGAAUCACGCAGAAGGCAGGAGUCACCCUACUUCCAGUACCCAUCCCCAAGGAAUGUUGAACCUUCACAACAGCCACGUGAUCCAAGGGAGGUCAUUCAAGAGCGAGAUGGUAUGGGACAAGGCCCAGAUGAGCAUCAGUCAACGAUGUCAAACAGGUAUGAGAUCCCAGUUGGUUAUGGCAGAAUUGAACCUCGGAAGCAAGCUGAAGAAGUCGACAGAGGUGAAGGUCAACCCCAAGGUGGAAGAGGGGCACAGGAACUGAGAAGUGCAUAUGAACGAGUUCAGCAGUUGCGGCAGAGUCAACGAGACCUUACAGCUGCAAGGAAAGGUUUGGACACAAUUCAACCUCCUGUUCAACCAAAGGAUACCAACAAGCAGGAAGAGCCAAUUUACUCAGACACAGAAUAUAGAAUACCCAGCCCAAUAGUAUAUAGUCCUGGUGGCUCAUAUGUUAAGAACCUUGACGAACCAGAAGACUUGUACGAACGAGGAUCAGCAUUCCGUCCUCCGUCGUCCUGCACGAGCAGUAUCAAGGGAGAUAACUCAACUCUGGAACAGAAACCCAAGACGAACUCCCCAUUUCAGUCUAGCAAUGACUUGAGGUCAAACUGUGACCCAAGUCCAGUAGAUACAGGACAGAAUGAAGCUGAGGAUCAUGAUGGAAAUUACAUUCAAAUGACAAGAGAAAUUGCAAGAGAGAUCGGCAAAAGUUAUAUUCAGGACAAAUGGACAGGUCCCAGGGAGGAGACAUAUGCCAGACCACAGAAGAAGAAACUACCCAGAACCAUGUCCACAGUGAAGGAGGACCCCAACAUGUCCGACAGAGAUGUGCUGACCACUAGGGAAAUAAAGAAUCUCAACAAGAAAUACCCCAUUAAUGGCAGCCGUGUCAGGAUGAGCAUAUCUGCUGGGGACCUGAUUGGCAAAACUCAUGAUGAGCUGGUGCUGCUGCUAAUCCAGCUGCGGAGGAACCAGUCCGCCCUGGAGAAGGCCAAGGACUUCUACCGCCAGAGACUGCAGGAGCGGCGUCUCAGUGAGCGCGAGUAUAAGAGGCAGCGUUCCAACUCGGAUGGUGAACUUGACCAUGAAAUGGAGCAGGAUCACCAGAUGUACAAGGACUACAAGACCCAGCUGGAGGAACUAGAGAACAAGCUUGAGGUGUACAAGCCACUCAUAAACCUGGUGGACAACAUGGUGACUAUGGGCAGUCUGUACGGGGGAGACAACUACAUGCUGGCCACUCAGUACAGGAAGCACCUGCUCCGACCAGACCAGUACACAGAACCUAGGGACAUGCUGCUGUUCUCACGACAACAUCAGGAGAAAAAGUUUGUUCAGGAGAUUGAGCAGGAGAUCAAACAACUGUCUGCUGAGGAGGUGGAUCUUGAGGAGAAGCUGGAGAGACUUUAUGAGCUGGAUCGGAACCUGCAAGAGCAGUCCUUCAAGGUUAUCAGCUUUAGGGAAGACAAGGAGCUUCUAGAGAAGGCCCUACAGGGGAUCAUCAGGCAGCAGGACAUCAGACGGAACGACCCCCGUGAGAUGAGCAAGCUGGUGCACCAGCAGAUGACCAUUGAGAAAGAACUGUCCCUCAUCAUGCAGCAGCUGGCGGAGGCGUCACAGGAACUGGAAGAAACCACAGCAGAGAACAACAAGCUGGAGCAUGAGGUGGCUCUGCUGAGGACCAAGGUUAAUGGAGAACUCUCCCGGAGUAGGAGCGCUGUAUCCUUGGGCGGAGGUGACACCGAGAAGACCAAGCAGCAGAUGGAGAAGGAGCUGGCCAAGGUCAACAACAUCAUGGCCGGACUGUCUGCUGAGAGGGGCCGCCUGUCCCAGGCCAUGAACACCCUCAGACGCUCAUCUUCUGGCACUCAGCUCGCAUCUCUCAUGGAUAAAGACUCUGAGCCCACAAGGAAGAAAAACUCAAGCUACAUGAUUACAGACCUGGACACAAUGGAGAGUAUUGACAUGGCCGGCUCCAAGUCUCCACGUAGCCCCCAUCAAAUGACCCCCAGAUCCAAGAGCAUGGGCGACCUGCGGAUGAUGUCCCCAGGGGUCAGUCCAGGAGCUGUGGACCAGGGUACGGCAGUGGAGAGUCCAGGUCGACCCUUGAUGACCAUGAGCUAUGCAGAAGGUCUGAACCAGCCUGUGUCCAGAUUCCCAGUCAUCAGCCAUCAGAGACAGGAGAGUAGCCUGGCCACUUCGACAGAUGCUACAGACAACAUGGUCGACCCAGAUGACCCUAAUGCCACGUGGGAUAUCAGCGAGGCAGAUGACAACACCAAGAGGUUUUUCGGUAUUAUUCCCAGAGAACGACCAAAGGUGCUGACUGUUCGUGAUGUGAAGCGUCAGUCUGAACAGAGGAAGGAGAGAGAGAAGAUGAGGCGUGAGGAUGAAGGCAGCACUGGGUGGUAUUCAGUGUCCAGCUCCCAGCCAUUGGCCUCAGACAGUGAAUCUGAACUUCCGAGCCACGUCCGCUACCCAUCAGACAUCAGUUCCAGCUAUGCAUCGGAGAUCUCUCGCAUAGGCCGAGCUGCAGACCCAGGUCCUGUUUACGAGAACCUUCCACAUGCAGAUCACCUAGCUCGAACAUCCUCCGUUCCAGUCCUCACAAACUUUAACUCCAACCCAAGUUCAAGGCGCUCAUCCAUCGGACUCCUUGCCCCGAAACCCUUCAUCCCAUAUCAAGACAAAACCCAGAGUGCAAGUGGCAUCUUCACUGCACGUCCCUUCUUCAGUGAAAUGAACUUGUCCUCAGAACAAGGUCCUCCUGAUGGGAACCGUGACGUGUUGCAGACGUCAAACAGCGCCUUCUCCACGCCUGUGGUGUUCAAACCUAAUGGUGCAAAGUCAGAACAAUCAUCCCGAGUGUAUGCUCCUAAACCAUGGGCAAAAGGAGGUAGUGGUGGAAUCUUCAAUGUGAAGAAGUCCCCUAAAGGACGUUACAUGACCAUAUCAAGCAGUGAGCCAUACAAGAGGGAAACUUCAUCAUUAUUGGGGAACACGUUGCAUAGUUCUGCAGGGGAUCUCAUCAUGAACAGAUCAAUUGACAAUGUGCCAGACAUUGUGAAGAGCUCCACCCAGAAGGUAGACACAGAGGCUUUUGAUGAAUACACCAUAGAGAGGGAGAUUUUGUUCCGGCCUGACAAGGUGGAUAUUCCAGAGCGGUAUGUGCCUGACUCUGAUGAAGAGGAUCUGACAGAUGCACAGAGGAUUGAACGCAUAGAGAAGGCGGAGAAGAUCAAGAGGAUCCUUGCCAAUCAGAGUGUUCACUCCUUGUCUCAACCAGACAUCAGUCAUAUCGGUGAAAACAUUCACCGCAAAGUGGAGAUUGAAAAACAGCGACGGUCACAACUUCUGGCUCUGAGUCAGGACCUGGCUAAGCAGGUGACACUCAAGACAAAACAAGAUGCAGCACACAGACGGAAGACAUGGUCUGGAGGGCAGUUUGCGGAGGCAUUCCCUCAUGGUGUGGAGAGUGGUAUCCAUGACUCAGCGUCUACCACCACCUACAAUCCACAACGGAGCAAUUUCCUUGUCUGAGAUAGUUACCUGACACAACUGUCUGGAGUGUCUCCGUCGUCAUGAGCAUCUCAGUAACUUCCAUAUGAACUUUCACAAUCCUAGAACCAUGUGACAUAACCAGAAUGAUGUGACAUCUUGAAUUAUAUCACAUUCCUAGGACCAAGUGACACAUCUUGAACCAUGUGAUCAUCUUAGGAUCAUGUGACAUUCUCAGGAUAAUGUGACGUGACUUGGAUCAUGGGAUAUACGGAGGGUCAUGUGAAAUUCCUGGGAUCAAGUUACUCUCCUUGGAUCAUGUGACAUAUCUAGAAUCAUGUGACAUCAAAGUGAUAAAUUGAGAAUCAUGGGAUAUAAGAAUUAUGCGACUCUUAGGAGCAAGCUACAUGAAAAGAUCUUGACAUUUCUAGGAUCAUGUGACACAGCUGGGAUCAUGUGACAUACUAAGUGUUAACAUGUCAUGAUCAUGUGACAUUCAUAUUUGUUCUUGUGACACAAUGUUACAAGGUUUGUGUAUCUUCCAGUUCCAAACAUGGAACACUAGGUCAUUAUGUGCUUUCCUCAGAAAAUCAAUCUUGAUGCACCUGACAAGUGAGAGUGCUCACACUGUGUACAUAAAUGCAGAAACAUUAACAUUCCCAGAAGGAUAUUUGUGGCAUUGGAAGCUGAAAAACAUCUCCACAUUCCACCAAACUUGUCAAAAAUCAAAUCUGUCUUAAAAGUGUUUUAUAAAGAAGUGGAUUUAGUCAUCUUCAUUCUGAAACAUUUCACUGAUUUCUGGACAGACAAGGUCAACUAAGGACAGAAAAUAAGGCCGCAAGCUUCAUAAGUUUUUACACAUGAUUCAUGGGAGGCUUUUGCCUUUAUGUCAACAGACUAAGUGUAUGCAUAUCACAUGCCCUCACAGCAUCGUAGAAAAGGAAGAUAACAGGAAGCAGAAGCCGAUUCAGCAGCUGAUGGAAUCUUGGAACUGGAAUCAGGGAAAGUGACAGGAAGCAUUGCAUCACAGGAGAUUCACUACCAUCUUCCUGUUCACCAUUGUGAAAGCUUACAGCUUAUUCAUGGACAGUAUCAUGUAAUGUAAGCAAGAGCAUCAAGGAGGACUUAGUUGGAAAGCCAACAUAGACCUACUUCAUACUACGCAAGAAACAUCACCAUAGUGUCUUUUGACAACUCAUUGCCCUUAAUUAAGUUUACAAGAUAACUGGAUUUACAACAUGGGCUAGUAGGUGUAUAAUCCUCAUCUUGCCAUCCCGGGCUCCGUUUCACAAGGCUAUCAUAGCACUAUGACGGUCAUAACCCCGAUAUAUUACACUUACGACAGUCGUAGCUCUACGAUAGCUUUCUGAAACGGGGCUCCAUUAUAUGAAACUGUCACUUUUUGCCACCAUUUAUGUAUAUUUAUGCUGUUUUUAUUCUAGAAAUUUGAAGAAUUUUAAUGCCUGCAGCAUUUGAUUGGUGGGAGGAUGUUGUUGGAAUGGUGUUAAGUUUUCCUAAUCAAGAAGCUUUUUGAACAUACUGUGGGUGGGAAACUGUGUUCUUUGUGCCAGGAUCUAUGCAACUGUUUAAUGAUGCACAAUGGCGAAGGGUUCUAGGAAUAUUUUGUAAGUUUCACUCAUGAACAAAUAUGUGUUUAAGGGUACCUCGCUAUAUAUGAGAGCAUUAAACCGACAGUGGCCUCAAUGUGAUGACUAUUAGCUCAAUUUGAAGCUGCGUGCCUUAAAAAUUGUUGGAGUUUGUGUGAUCAAGGUGGAAGGCAGAGGAAUAAUUUUGCAAGAUUGUGGAAUUUAUUGAUGAAAAUUGUUUCAUUAGGCCCCUUGAAUGUGUGUGGAGUUCAAGAAUGUUAUGAGAUUUUUGGUAAAUUUUACUUGCCAUCCUAAAAUAUUUUGUUGAUUUCUUUAGCAUGGAUGUAAGUCAUCAAAAAUUUUGAUUUCAUGUAUUUUUAAUCUUUUCACAUCAAAUACUCUUAGAGUAGAAUGAGAUGGUCAGUAUAAUUCAUUUGUUUUUUAUAUGCUUUAUUCAAAUUUUAAUGACAAUACUCUUAAUUAGGUGUGGAUUUGAAGUGAGCUUGUGCUGAAAAUUCCCGUUUCGGAUUGUUUGGGGUUUCUGCUACUAGUAUGUGUUAAUAUACUUUUGUCUUUUAUACUGAUAACACUAAUUAUUCUGGAUUUGUGAAACUUAUAGAUAUGACAUAUGUUUUUGAUUUUAUGUUGUGUAAUUUCCAGCUUUUUCAUUCAGGGUAUUUCAGCAUUUAGCUGGUUUUAUCCAAUGAAAUGUUACUAAAUGUUCAUAAAUAUUACUGGCUACCAAAUCUAGAGUGCAGGAAUGUUAAUGUUGACAUAAACAAGAACAAUUUUAGUGUAUAUAUUGAUUUGAGGGAGUACUGAAGAUAUUUCAGGGUAGUUGACAUCGAGUAGAAUUUACAAUGAAUGCAAUUCCCAUAGUGCUUCAUGUUGUUUAUAAGAUCUAGAUGUCAGUGUAAUGUUGGUUUCAGUUAACACAAGUUAGAAAUUUUGUAUUUUGUUUCAGAAAAAUGUGGUUAUCUGUUUAUGAUUAAUAUUUUUAGAACUUAUGUACAAGUGUCAAUAAUGAAAGUGAAAAAUUAUGUUUCAUGAUCAUAGGGAACAUUAUGAUGUUUAGUUACCUAGGGUAGCAUAUUUCCUUUCUAUUAUGAUAUAUACCCUGGACACUUGGUGCUUUGAUUGGCACAAUACAAGUUGUGUAUGGAUGGCAUCACCUCUUGUGAUUUGAUUGGACAUCUACAUUUUAGCAUGGUGUCAUUAAAUGGAUUCGAAACAAACGUAUGGUGGCCAGUAGGUCCAGGGGUUUAUCAUGAUAUAAUGAUAAAUUAUACAGUCAAUAAUCAUGGUGUUUUUCUACAUAUUUACUGGGGAUAAACUCAGAAGUGUUUUACAUAAUUACUGGAGGGUAUAAUGUCUACUGCUACCUGAAGUACUUAGUAAUGUUUCAUUAAUCAUGGGGAGUAUGACUUCAGUGUUUUGUGGUACGUUACUUGUUUAAAUCUGUUACAAAAUUCAUGUAAGGCAAGAUUUUUUAAAGUUUGGCUUGUGAGUCUUCUGAGUAAACAGAUAUGAAAUAUACAAAAUAUGUGAUAAAAAAUGAGCAGUUGGGGGUUUAUUCUGCCAAUCGUAAAUGAAAAUAUAUUUUGUUAAAAUCAUUUACUGUUGUUUUCGAUGUAAAUAUGUUAUUUAAAAUUCUGUGAUUAAAAUCCUGUUAAAGUUUCACUUAAAAAAUUAGAAAUGAAUCAUGAUGAAUCUUUAGAGGAAAUGGAACAAAACUGUUUGAAACUGGAAUAUUUUGUCAUUAUUUUUUCAAUCUGCUCACCUGAACUUUAGGCCCCAUGUCCAAAAGGCAGGAAAAGAAGUCUGGAGAAAUAAUGGUUCCCUUGGUUCUAAACAUAUCUAUAUGUGUAGCUAUGAGUUUAGUUAGUGUAAAGUAUUAGUGAAUAAUUUAGUUUACAUUCCAUUUAAAUAGUUAUGUAUUAGUGUAAAUUAUUUUCAGCUCAUACUUGUACAAAGAAAACCUUUACCUAACCAUUCCUUAUAUUGUUUACAGUUUUGUAGUUUUGUAGUUAAGUAUAACAUCACUGAUUGCAUGAGUGGUUAUUCUGUUACUAUGCAGGUUGUGAGUCCAUCCCUCGUGAUAUCUACAACUGUGAUCUGUGUUACUGCAAUCAUGCUACAGCUUAUGUUCCAUGUUACAGGAGAUACUUACCCGGGUGCUAAUCACAGAGAUCAAUAGACUGAUUGUGUAUACAAGAAGGUAGUAUUAUAAGCACACCUGGGCCCCGUUUCACAAAGCUGUCGUAGUGCUAUGACUGUCGUAAGUCAAUGUUACACUAGGGAGUUACGAUUACUUCGAUAGCUUUGUGAAAGGGGACCCUGGAACUGAGUGGAAACUGGAUAGGCAAGUAGCUUAUAUGACUGUGUUAACAGGCAUAGGUUUAGGUUUGAAUCUGCUAAUGCAGAUUAAGACAAUAUUUACUCACUCACUCAGAUUUAAUUCCUCACCUAGAACAGUGAGAAGUGUUGGGUAUGUCUUCCAAGACUCCACAAUUCAACGUGUAGAGUUGCUUCCCUUGGCACGUUGUCAGCCUAUGCCUUGAUUAUGUUUUCUUGGUUUGUCAUUGGAUUCACCCAGUUGAUGAACAUAGAUUUGCAUCAUUUUUGGCUUUCACAAUAUGAUGUUACUGCAAUACUGUUUGAAGCGACAUUAUGAACAAAGCUCACGCACAGAACCCACGCAGCUCACUUACAACACUGGUCUGUCUCAGUGUUCCCAACAGGAUUGGGUGGUCAGGCUCACUGACUUGGUUGACACGUCAUCGUAUCCCAAUUGAUUGAUGCUCAUGAUGUUGAUCACUAGAUUGUCUGGUCCAGACUCGAUUAUUUACAAUAUUUAUAUUGCUGAGUGCUGUGUAAAACUAAAGUCAGUCACUCACUCUGUUCCCAAGGGUAAACAGUCUGCAAGGAUCCUUUGUGUGGUAAAAAAACAAGUUCACUGAAUUGAGCUUAGUUAGCAUCUUAUCCAGAAAUCCUCAGCACUUUACAUUUGUGUAAAAGAUAUCCUUGUGGUCAGGUGCAGUGAUCUGGCUGACACAUGUCAUCGUGACCCAAUAGUGUUGAUCAAUGUUCAUGCUGUCAAUCACCAGUUUGUCUAAUCCAGUUUUCAGUAUUUACACUCCACUGAACCUUUUACCUUGCAAUGAUUUUUAAGGCCAGACCAAUAUUAUUUCUUGUUUUACGGAUUUUUGUCCUCAGAAAACCUAAUGGCAGGAGGGACAAAAAUAAAAAAUAAAUAUCACCGGUCAAAGAUAUUUUCCUUUUGAAUACUAAAGUAUUGUAUUUUUGGCAAUUAAUGAAGUGCAUAUGGGGCAAAAAAACAAUCAAAAACAUAAAAUAAAAUUGUAAGUUUAUAUUUUUUUCCAAUAAAAACAUGAGGAUUUAAUUUUGUGAGUGGGGAAAAUUAUUAUUUUUUUUUUCUCAUUCUUGAAAAAAUACGACAGGCGGAUCCGUAAAACAAGAAAUAAAAUUGGUCUGGCCUAAGUAAGAAAAUUUCAAUUCAGGUAUUUUAAUUGAACAUUUUCACCUGUUUCUUUUCCAUUCUGCCUUAUAUUGAUUGAAUCAAAAUCGGUAAUUAUCUCCUGUCACACUUGCUGAUCACCUCAUGUUUAUACCUCACCUUCAUACGGUAAGACUGACCUGUUUCCUGUAUAGGACAAUUUGAAUUUGUAAAACUGUCAGAUGUCUGUAUAUUACCCCCUCAUUAAUUCCUCUAUGAUCAAAUGAGAUUGCUUUAGAGUAUAGCUUAGUUUAUAACAGAAUAUGUAAAGAUUAUUUUUGUACCAGACACUACUCAUGUAGUAGAUCCACAGAAUCCAUGGCGCCUAGAGGCUGAUAUGCAGUGUCAAACUCACACGCUAUUUUCCCGAAGACACAUUUGUAUUGAUGAGAUAAAAUGAAAUUAUUCAAUGGUAUGUUUUGUUUUCGAAGGCAAAUAUCUUGUCUCCACUCUGUAACAUAGGGUAGAUGUGAUGUACAGGUAGAUAUGUACAGUGUUUUGCUUGUGUAUAUAUAUGUGCCAAGUGACCCCAAGGGGUCAUACACUGCAUAGUACAUGAUGGACAUUACCAUGACCUGACCAUGUCGCUACCAACCAUUAGGAGGGGCGGGGGGGGUAGCCAAGUGACUAAAGCAUUUGCUCAUCACCUCGAAGCCCUGGGUUCGAUUCCCCACAUAGGUACAAUGUGUAAAGGCCAUUUCUGGUGUCCCCUGCCGUGAUGAUUGUGGAAUAUUGCUUAAAGUCGCGUAAAACCAUACUCACUCACUCCAACCUUUAGGCUCCACAAAUUCCUGGUUGUCAGAACCUUAAUCCAACAACAACCACUUCGAUUAUGUUUUAAGUUUGUCAGUACAACAGGUGUGAUUGUGUUUUCACCAAAGUGGUAAACGUUUCAAGACCUGCAUCACUUUGAGCUGACACACAAUACUGUUCAACGAAGUAAUAAACUCGACUCUUCUCACUCUCACCCAUUAGAUAGAUGUGAGCUUAUAUCACAUCGGAGUUAAGUUUAGUUUUAACGCCGCAUUAAGCGAAAAGCAAUAUUGACCGAGGACGAAGUUGCGAAAAGCAAUAUUGACCGAAGACGAAGUCCGAGGUCAAUAUUGCUGUUCGCAGGUCCAUAAAAACAAGUAUUGACCUCAUCACCAGUCUAUAAUUGUUUUAUUAUGUAAUUACCGAAAAAAAAAGCUUCUAAAAUCCAAAACAUGUCCAUUUAGUCAAGAAAAGUAAUUUUAUUUUCACUACAAACCAAUAACGUUAUGUC